GAAAAUAAAGGAAACGAGGAGACAAUGAAUUAGGGGCUAGGGUUUUUUCUUUCUUGAUUUUAAUUAUUUUCCAAAGAGGGUCACUAACUCAAGCCAACUCCCGAUCCUCAAGCCUCAAAAUUCCUUCCUCGACACGGACUCCGUCAUCAGCGGCAGUAUCAGUGACGAGACAGAGAUCAAUGGCGGAUUUUACGACUUCGACCCACAGAGCAAAUUGGAUAUUCACUCCUCAAGAUCUUAAGGAAAAGUACAAGGAUGCUAAUAAACGAGCUAAACAAGCACUUGAGAAGUAUGGAGCAACGCGGAUGGAAGUAGAUAUUGAUGGAUCGUUCUCUUAUGCUGAACCCCAAAAUGAUGCGAAAGAUAAUGCUGACAAGCAUUCACGCCCUAAAGCACUCAAGAUAGAAGAAGAACAACUUUUGCGGGCUUUUUACGAGUUCAAAAUUCAAGACGUUUGUGAUGCCUUCAAGUUUCCACGUAAAAUUCAAGCAACUGCUCUUAUUUAUUUUAAAAGGUUUUACUUGGAAUGGUCAGUGAUGGAGCAUCACCCAAAGAAUAUCAUGUUAACAUGCAUAUAUGCUGCCUGUAAGGCAGAGGAGAACCAUGUAUCGGCAGAGGAGCUUGGGAAAGGGAUUGAACAGGAUCAUCAGAUGAUCCUUAAUAAUGAAAUGCUUGUUCUGCAGAGUUUAGGAUUCGACCUUAUUGUUUAUGCACCAUAUCGGGCACUUGAGGGCUUUGUCAGUGAUUUGGAGGAGUCCUAUGAUGCAAAACUGGGGCAAUCUGAGACGAUAAAGAGUUUGCAUGAAUCCGCAAAAGCAGAAGUUGAUAAAAUUAUGCGUACGGAUGCUCCUCUGCUAUACCCACCAGGGCAGCUGGCAUUGGCAGCUUUACGUAGGGCUUGCGAGGUUCAUAAACUUAUUGACUUCGAAAGAUACCUUCAAAACAUGUUCUCUCGGCAGCAUCCUGCUCAUGCAACUUCAGAGCUCAACCUUGCACUGAAUGUCAUUGAUAUGCUGAUAAAUAAGCUCGAGACCCCUACCUCCAAAGAUGUAAAGCACAUUGACAGGAAACUUAAGUCCUGUUUGGAUCCAAGUUCACAUGACAAGAGUAAGAAACGAAAGCACAGAUCUAAGGAGAGUUCAACUGAAAUGCAAGACAUGCUAUGAUGUUGAGGAGGGUUAUUUAUCACAACUUGGGUGGAUCUGCUUGUUAUGCUUCAUCCAUAUUAUACUGCAAGCUCCCAUCUUAUCAUGGUUGAAGCUGACCCCUUUUAGCUUGAACAGAAUAUGGUUUGGUUAGAGGCUAACAUGGUGAUCUCAUUUUCAGUAAAUGGCUCCAUCUUUGGCAGACGACCGUAUUGCCUGAGGAGAAAGAUUCUAUCGAUGAAAUCACGCUGGAUACAACCCCAUAGAAAAAGAAUAUCUGAAUAUUGUAAUUCACGUGUGAAUGCUCAUGUAUUUCGUGUACCUUUGCUAUAUGUUUAUACAGAUGUCGAAAAAUGUACUGUUGUACGUAUUUGGUGGUGCGGAUAUGCAUAUGUUUUGCCACAUUUCAUUAGAUAUUUUGAAGUGGGAAUAUCAA